GUGAUCGACGCACCAUUCGUCAGAAGUGAGUCUUGGAACGAUUUUUUUUUUUGUUUUUGUGGAAAAUCCUUUGCUCACUCCGCCGCGGAUACGCAGCACCGCAGCUAAGUGAGGCGGGCGGAGCUGACAACGCCGACUGACGACAGAGAGGGCAACAGUGGGGAAGCAGAGCUGAGAUCCUGAGCAUGAAGACAAACUGUGACUCCCCUCACCGCAGCCUAAAAAGAGAUGGCAUAACCCGGGUGACCUGCUAAUCAACCAUGACAGCCCUAAAGCUUUGACUGGCAUUAGAAGUCCCCCACCCCUCCCCACCCCUUCUUCUAUACCCGACACGGACCCUCCUCCUCUGCCACGCUUCCUUCCCAGACACCUUUUGCGACGUUCUUUUCUCCGACAAACACGCCCCGUUGUUUUUGCGCCUGCCCUUGCAUUUCUCCACUUGAUUACACUUCACGUCCCCGCUUUCGUCUCCAUCAUGCAGAGUUUUUCCACCGCCUCGGGUUUGGUUGUGAUUCUCUCCUCCCUCCUAAUUGCCACCCGCUUUCCCGGCGUGGUCAACGGGGACUGCUGGCUCAUUGAAGGGGACAAAGGUUAUGUGUGGCUGGCUAUCUGUAGUCAGAACCAGCCGCCGUAUGAGACGAUUCCGCAGCACAUCAACAACACCGUUCAUGACUUGAGACUCAAUGAGAACAAGCUGAAAGCGGUGCACUUAAACUCCAUGUACCGUUUUACCAACCUCACGGACCUUAACCUCACCAAGAAUGAAAUCAGCUACAUCGAAGACGGAGCCUUUUCGGGGCAAGCCAACCUACAGGUUCUUCAACUGGGCUACAACAAGCUGACCAACCUAACGGAGGGGAUGAUGAGGGGACUCGGCCGCAUGCAGUGUCUUUUCCUCCAGCACAACCUCAUUGAGGUUAUUGCCAGCAAUGCAUUCUGGGAGUGCCCUGGCCUUAGCAGCAUUGAUCUGUCAUCCAACAAACUCGCCCGGAUUGAUCCGUCGACGUUCACUGUUCUCAAUCGCCUCAUGGUUUGUGAACUGGCCGCAAAUCCGUUCCAUUGCGGCUGCGAUCUUUACAGCUUCCUUACCUGGCUGGAAUCCUUCAACAACGUAACACACACCUACGAUCGUCUCCAGUGCGAGACGCCGCGGGAGAUGUUUGGCUUUCCUUUACUGAGCCCCGUCGCUGCCGGUCACGCCGGUCGAAACGCCAAAAACAUCUUGCACUCUCACUGCAGAGAUGGAGUGAUGAUUCCUGGAAUGACGUCCCUCCCGCCAGACCUGGACGGCCCGUCCGGAAUCGGUCCGGAGAUGUUUGGCGGCGCGGGACCUUACCACCAGCCCAACACCUCCACAUCCACAGAAAACAGUUUCAUUCCCAGCAUCAAGCUCCAUCAGGUGUCCUUGUCCUCGGCUUCUCUCCUCGUACAGAUCCCGAGGCCCUUCAGCAAAAUGUACAUCCUGACACAGUACAACCACACGUACGUGUCCGACGUUAUGACUCUAAAGAACAAGAAGGAGAUGAUCACCCUUAACAAGCUCAAACCGCACACCAAUUACACCUUCUGCGUGGCGUCCAUCCGUAACUCCCAACGGUAUAACCACACGUGCCUCCAAUUUGCCACGCGCUCUCAAAACGCGAGCAACAUCCUCCCCACGCCGUCAACCACCACGCAUUACAUCAUGACCAUCGUGGGUUGCCUAUUUGGCAUGCUCAUCGUUUUGGGCUUGGUCUACUACUGUUUACGGAAGAAACGCAUGCGUGAUGAGAAAAAGAAGUCCGUAUGCGUGAAGAAAACAAUACUGGAAAUGCGUUACGGGCCCGAGGUGGCGGCAGCAGUUGCCAAAGAUCCGGCGGCGGUGCAUAAGCUUCAGGAGCACUCCAGGGAACACCACCAAUAUCACCACCACCACGGGGGCAAGCUUCCCAUGUCGACAUCCUCGAGUUCUGGAAUGCUCCACUCAGCAAACACCAGUUCCUCAAGACUUUCCUCGAUUCCCCAAGUUGAAAAAAUGUCCACUGCCUUCUCAGAGGCCGUGACGGGAAAAGGAAAUUACAUGGAUAUCAGAAGUGGAGGGGCGGGGAUGGAGAGGCACGGAGGAGAGAGCGGGCACGGGGGCAUGAGGGGGGAGGAUUUAAGGGACGACGAUGGCACCGAUGUCGGGGAUGACUCCGAUGACGACGGACACGGCUCCGCGUCAGAGAUCUCGACGAUCGCCAUGGAGGUGGACAAAGUCAACCAGAUUAUAAAUAAUUGCAUCGACGCGCUGAAGCUGGACGCGGCGGCCGUCGCGGCUUCGGGCUCGUCUUCCAAUCCCGCACCGUCCGCCAACCCGACCUCCCCGCCCCCAAACGGCACCUCUGCUCUGACUCGUGGUUUGAUCACACUUUCUCAAGGGAUGACUGAAUCAUGCCAAGUCAACAAAAUUCCACCUCCGCCCCCUCUGCCGCUGCCGGCGUUGAAUACCCCACUUGCCGAGCGCCCGGGGAUCAGCGGCGGUGGAUUCGUUGUUUCCCCCCCCUACAGGCCGCCUCCGCCAGCCAAUGCCGUACGCCCCAUUCAGCGGCAAAUGAGCGCAGAUGCGGCCGUGGUGAUUGUAAAUUCCGUCAAGAAACAGAGCAGCACCGCCUCUUGUGGAUCUGCGGGACGGGAAAGGGAGCGCGGAGGGGCUCGUGUCUAUAGCCUGGAUGUUCCCGAGCCGAGGAGUCCGGACGCCUGCAACCAACAACAACAACAGUACCAAGAUCGCGCCAGUCCUGUGGGCUGCGGGGAACCCCUGGAAAGACUGCCGUUGGUGGGGAGUAUGAGCUGCGCGGGAGUGGGUGGCGGUGGUUGCGACAGUGGUGGUGUUGGUGUCCAACAUCAAGAAAACCAAAAUCCACAUCAUUACCAUCAUCAACAACAACAGCAGCAGCAGCAGUUGGAGGUGCAGCAAGACUACCACUGCUCAGAGCACCGCCACUCCGUCCCAGCUCUUUAUUAUGACGGCUCCCAUCAGGGUUCCCCGGCCCAGAGGGUUUCCUUCCUGAAGCCACUGUCCCGCUCCCGCAAGGAUGCGGCGUCCUACUCGCAGCUUUCACCAGCUCGCCACCAUUCCAGUUACUCUGGCUACUCCUCCAGUCCGGAGUACUCCUCAGAGAGCACGUUGAGGAUCUGGGAGCGCUUUCGUCCCUACCGUAAAGGCCAACGCGACGAGGCCUGUUAUGUCACGGCCGGCAACGCCCUUCGAAAAAAGGUGCAGUUCGCCAAAGGCGAGGACCUCCACGACAUCCUGGAUUACUGGAAGGGCGUGUCAGCGCAGCAGAAGCUUUGACUGGGGGACCACCGGAAUUAAGCAUUGGGAGGAAAAGAGUUUGUUUACAUCUGGGUCUGCAGUGCCCUUUCUGGGAUGGCAGAAACUUCUGGAAGGGAAGAAACACAUUGGACGCAGUUAGGCCUUUUAUUUUUAUUUUUUGGCAUGCUCAAGUGUAUAGAGUGUUGUGCGUCAGCACGAACAGUGCAACUGUGCCUGGGAUACCUGGAAUAAUAACUCACUCCGUUUUUUUUUUUGUUUUUUUUUUUUUUUAAUUUUACACUUCAUGGUAGCAUCGUUUUUGGAUGAUCCUAACUGCAGAUUUGGUUUCUCUGCACAGGGAGCCAAAGCGAACCGUGCAGUCUCGUAAUAUUUGCGCGGCCACAUUUUGUGAUCUUUUUCGACAGUACUUACUCAGUGCCAUGUUAUUAGUCUUUGGGAACCCGCCUAGAGGCGAAUAUGAUAUCGUGUUGAUCCGAGGGAAGGUUUUGAUGGUGAUCACGUUUGAUGGAGUCAAAUGAUGGCUUACCGCGAGAUAACAGAUGGGGCAGAUGUAUUUACAUGAUAACAGCGGGAUCCACACAAGAAAAAUAACCGCCAGUGUAAAGUGGAACCUCCAUCAAGCGUCACCACAGAUGAAAUCAUUGCCAGAAAUGUGGCGCUUCACCACAACCUUUUUUUUUCCAAUUUCAAAAAAUUGUAUGCUCCAAUAAAUGGCGCAAUAAGAUCCCAUCUUAGGUUUUAGUGCGAACGAAUGUGACGGACGUCCGGAUGAUAUCAUGACGUCAUCGCUUAAGGAAGACCAAGUUAAGUUCUAAACACAUUCCAAAUCCAUUGCAAAAGUAGUAUGACCUCCGUUUCAACGUAUGACCAACAUUUCUUUUUAGUUGUAGUUAUUUUGUUUCUUUUUUUUUUUAA